AUGGAUCAUCGAUCGUUUCUUGCCGGGCUGACGGCAGCACAAAGAGCCGAACUUACCGCAACGUCGGACAGGAAGGGCCUUGCGGCGCUCGCGGCUCAUUUCGGGUUGAUUGCCUUUCUGGGGACCGCGAUCGCGCUGGAAGUCCCCGGCUGGCCGGUGCUGAUGGUGCCGCAAGGCAUCCUGAUCAUGUUUCUUUUCACAACGCUUCACGAGACAAUCCACAGGACGGCCUUCCGGUCGCCGUGGAUCAAUGAUCUCGUCGCACGGAUUUGCGGUUUCCUCAUCCUGGUGCCGGCGGACUGGUUCCGGUAUUUCCACUUUGCCCAUCACCGGCACACGCAGGACCCGCAGAACGAUCCGGAACUUGCCGGAGAAAAACCCAAGUCCCUUUGGCAAUACAUCGUGCAUAUCAGCGGCCUGCCGACAUGGUGGGGCGAACUGAAGACACUCUUCAAGAACGCAUCGGGCCGAUGCGACGAUGCGUUUGUACCUGAGGGCGGCAGGCGCAAAGUCCGGCAUGAAGCAGUCGUGUCGCUUAUGCUUUAUGCCGUCCUUGCCGGUGUUUCGCUUGUGACAGCUUCAAGCCUUCUCCUGUUCGCAUGGGUUCUCCCCUGCCUCCUCGGGCAGCCGUUUCUGAGGCUGUAUCUUCUUGCCGAACACGGCCGCUGUCCCUUCGUUGCGAACAUGUUGGAAAACAGCCGCACCACCUAUACAAACCGGGUUGUGCGCAGACUGGCCUGGAACAUGCCUUACCACGCGGAGCAUCACAGCUAUCCCACGGUUCCGUUCCAUAAGCUCCCCGAUCUGCACCGGCUCACCAGGGAACAUCUCGGCGUGACCUCAGAUGGAUACGGCGCCUUCCACAAGGACUAUGUCGGCAGCUUCAAAAACCUGCCGGACAUCCGCUCCGCCUCCCGUCAGCUUGUCAGGGAGUUCGGGUUUCUCGACAAAACCAUCGCAGGCACGGAUCUUUCAGGUUCGGGCGUUCACGCGAUCAUGGAAAUCGGUCUGCAUCCCGGUGUAACGGCAAAGGACCUGGCCACCCGGUUGAAGCUCGAAAAAUCGACAAUCAGCAGACUGCUGAAAUCGCUGGAAAUCCGCGGAGAUAUCAUCCAGACGCGCUCCGAGCAGGAUGGCCGCGUCUUCGGAUUGAGCCUGACCAACACGGGCUGGAAAACCUUCGCCGAGAUCGACACGUUCGGCGACCGGCAGGCGCGCGCCGCCUUGUCGAACAUCAGAAACGGGUCCGCGCGGUCGAUCGCCGACGCCCUGACUGCCUACGCGGAUGCCCUGGCAGGCUCUGAGGGUACGGAAGACAAACCAUUGCACCGCUUCGAGGUCGUGGAAGGCUAUCAGACAGGAAUGAUUGGCGACAUUGCCGCUCUGCAUGCCAGAACCCAUGGCGCGAUCAUUGGCAACGGACCGACCUUCGAAAGCGUCGUUUCACAGGCGAUGGCGGAAUUCAUGCAGCGUGUCGGUAACCCGCUGAACAACAGCUGGAGCAUCCUGGACAAGGGCGAGGUCAUCGGAUCGAUCAGCAUCGACGGCGAAGACCUGAACGGAAAUGUUGCGCAUCUGCGCUGGUUUAUCCUGUCGGGAAAGCUGCGCGGCCUCGGCCUCGGCAAAACCCUGUUGCUCAAAGCGCUCGAGCAUUGCGACGGACAGGGCUUCGAAGAAAUCCACUUGUGGACGCUGAAGGGCCUUGAUGCAGCCCGAACGCUCUACGAGCGGAACGGUUUCACCCUUGCCGAUGAAUAUGUCGGCGACCAAUGGGGCAAGUCGGUGACGGAGCAGAUGUUCAUUCGCAAAAGACGCUGA